AGAGCUACGAGCGAUGAAUGAAUUGAAACCGUCUUGAAGAUCAGUUUGCUUUACAUGAAGAAAUCGGAGCGACCAAAGGCAUUGAAACGCGAAGAUGGGGUCGAUUUUAUCAGUAGCAUGCCCGAUGCUAUUCUUGUUUUGAUUCUAUCACGUCUUUUUUUCACCAAAGAAACAAUUCGAAGCAGCAUCUUGUCCAGCCGAUGGAGGUAUUUGUGGACUGCGGUUCCCUCUAUCCACAUACAUUACGAAGGAAAAUUGAAAAAAAACGAAUUCAAAGAGUUUCUAUAUUGGGUUUUUGUAAACAAAUCUGUCGAUUUGAAUAGUUUUCGGUUAUGCUGUUCAAAUUACUACAGUAUGUCGACGGUAGGGCGGUGGAUUCAUGCCGCCGUUACGAGAAAUGUCAAACAACUUGAAUUGACGCUUUGCCCUAACCAGAAUUAUGAAGAUAUUGAGAUGCCCCAUUGUCUUGUGACCAGCGGUUCGGUGGAGGUAUUAGAGUUGAAUUUGUCGCGACGUGGUCUAAAGUUACCCAAUAUUAUGGGGUUCCCGAGCCUUAGGGUUCUUGAAUUGGAAUGUGUUGACUUAUUGGAAGAUGACAAUUUGGUAAAACGUUUUCUAGAAAGCUGCCCAUUGCUUGAGGAAUUGAGUUUGGAUGACUGCAUCAUAAAUAAACUUGGUGUUCUUUGUAUUUCAUGUCUGAAGCUCAAGAAGCUAACCAUAUUUAACGGGAAUGAAGAUGAGGGCCUGUGUGGUAGCAUUAAGGUUUCCUGCCCAAAACUUGUGCAUUUGGAUAUAACAGGUCAUUUAGCUUAUAAUUUGUACUUUGAAUGUUUAAACUCCUUGAAGGAAGCUGCGAUUGACCCUGAAUUGGAAGGAAACAUCAGAUCUGUUUUGUUUCCUGGAAUUUCUCAAGUGGAAUCUUUGUUAACCGACAUUUACUUCUUCAGUCAGUGUAUUAAUGCUGCACGUGAUCCUUCUCUACCUAAAUUGAAGACUCUGGUGCUAACCACAACAAUUGAUGCCUUCAAUUUCAGUGAAUUCAUCCGAAUUCUCAAAUAUUAUCCGAAACUGGAGUCUCUCAAAUUGGUCAUCAAAAAGCAAUUUUAUGGACGGGAAGAGUGGGAAUUGCAUGAAGGUGACAGAAAGAGAAUCAUGACUCCUGAUCUGAAAAGUGCCGAGUUUUUUGAAUUCAAGGGAGAAAAACCAAAACUAGUUUCGGAUUGGGAUGAAGUUAGAUGUUUGGAAAUGGUUUUUAGUUGGGGUAAGAAAGUUACUUUUUUUUAUUAGAGACCGAUUUUUCUUAUGACAAACUGCGUAACCAAUUCAUGUUACAUGGUAACUAGAUUUCUUGGCUUGAUUUGGAUUUUUGCUUCAUUUUUAAGUAUUACCAGAAAUACUUGUUUUGCUCUA